GAGAGGGCCAGCUGCCGCCUUCUUUGCCAGAAAACUCCAGCCCGCGGACUGCGUGAACACAGGCUGCGUGGACAGCAGGACCCGGAGACCGAGGCUCCCGGACGACCAGGAACCGCCCAGGAUGGCCUCGGAGAGUGGGAAGCUGUGGGGUGGCCGGUUUGUGGGAGCAGUGGACCCCAUCAUGGAGAGAUUCAAUGCAUCCAUCGCCUACGACCGGCACCUGUGGGAGGUGGAUGUGCUGGGGAGCAAGGCCUACAGCCGGGGCCUGGAGAAGGCGGGGCUCCUCACCAGGGCUGAGAGGGACCAGAUCCUGCGUGGCCUGGAUCAGGUGGCUGAAGAGUGGGCCCAGGGCACCUUCAAGCUGCACCGCAAUGAUGAGGACAUCCACACGGCCAACGAGCGGCGCCUGAAGGAGCUCAUCGGAGAUGUGGCGGGGAAGCUGCACACGGGGCGCAGCCGCAAUGACCAGGUAGUGACGGACCUCCGGCUGUGGAUGCGGCAGACCUGUACCUCACUCUUGGGGCUGCUGCACGAGCUCAUCCGGACCAUGGUGGACCGGGCAGAGGCGGAACGCGAUGUCCUCUUUCCGGGGUACACGCACCUGCAGAGGGCCCAGCCCAUCCGCUGGAGUCACUGGAUCCUGAGCCACGCCGUGGCACUGACCCGGGACUCUGAGAGGCUGCUGGAGAUACAGAAGCGGAUCAACGUCCUGCCCCUGGGGAGUGGGGCCAUUGCGGGCAACCCUCUGGGUGUGGACCGGGAGCUGCUCCGAGCAGAACUGAACUUCGGGGCCAUCACACUCAACAGCAUGGAUGCCACCAGUGAGCGGGAUUUUGUGGUGGAGUUCCUGUUCUGGGCAUCCUUGUGUGGGACACACCUCAGCAGGAUGGCCGAGGACCUCAUCCUCUACGGCACCAAGGAGUUCAGCUUUGUGCAGCUCUCAGAUGCCUACAGUACUGGAAGCAGCCUGAUGCCCCAGAAGAAGAACCCGGACAGCCUGGAGCUGAUCCGCAGCAAGGCAGGCCGCGUGUUUGGGCGGUGCGCUGGGCUCCUGAUGACCCUCAAGGGACUUCCGAGCACCUACAACAAGGACCUGCAGGAGGACAAGGAAGCUGUGUUUGAAGUGUCGGACACCAUGAGCGCCGUCCUGCAAGUGGCAGCAGGCGUCAUCUCCACCCUGCAGAUCCACCGUGAGAACAUGGCGCGGGCGCUGAGCCCUGAUAUGCUGGCUACCGACCUCGCCUACUACUUGGUCCGCAAAGGGAUGCCAUUCCGCCAGGCGCAUGAGGCAUCUGGGAGAGCCGUGGUUCUGGCUGAGAGUCGGGGUGUGGCGCUCAGUGAGCUGUCCCUGUCGGAGCUGCAGGGCAUCAGUCCCCUGUUCUCUAGCGACGUGAGCCGCGUGUGGGACUACGGCCACAGCGUGGAGCAGUACAGUGCUUUGGGUGGCACGGCGCGCGCCAGCGUUGACUGGCAGAUUGGCCAGGUGCGGGCCCUGCUGCUCGCCCAGCAGCCACCGAGCCCCGCAGCCCAGUGAUGGCGCCGAGGGCCCAGGUCAGGCUCCCCUUUCUCCAGUUCUCCAUGCUCCUUUCCUCUGGCACCCUCGGAGAGGUCGCUGGGCCCAGCCCUGGUGCAGGAGUGCCGGGUGCCCAGCACCGAGGGAGGCUGAGGCAGGAAGAUCCCCAAGUUCAAGCCCAGGCUGGACAAUUGAGUAAUUUAGCAAGGCCCUGUCUCAAAAUAAAAAAUGAAAAGGGCUGGGGAUGUAGCUCAGUGGCAUAGCGCCUGUGGGGUGGCUCCCCAGUACCACGUGUACAUGUGCAUGUGUGGGCACA